UCAUCACAAUCUUCAACACAAUUCACUUUCUUCCUUUCUCAUCUCACAAAGUUUCAAUUUUUCUCACAAAUUCCAAAUGGGUCUCUCAAUGAACAAUCCUCCAGCUACAAUCACACCACGCCACUACAACAUCCACAAACUCUUCCUUUUCUGCAACUAUGUCCUCUUAGGUGCAGCUUCAAGCUGCAUCUUCCUCACUCUUUCGCUCCGUUUAGUCCCUUCCGUAUGUGGCUUCUUCCUUAUCCUUCUCCACAUCUUCACCAUUGCUGGUGCUGUUUCAGGCUGUGCUGCUGUAGGUGCUAACCGUUGGUAUUCUGCUCAUAUGGUAGCUACUGUUCUAACGGCUAUAUUUCAAGGGUCGGUUUCUGUUCUUGUUUUUACGAGGACUAGUGAUUUCCUUGGUGAGUUGCAGUCUUAUGUAAGGGAAGAAGAUGGUUCUGUGAUUUUGAAGCUUUCUGGUGGACUUGCUAUUUUGAUCUUUUGCCUUGAGUGGGUUGUUUUGACUCUGGCGUUUUUCUUGAAGUAUUAUGCUUGUGUUGAAGGUGGAAAUACUUGUAGGACUGUUGUUUUGGGAAGUGCUAAGGUUCAACAAGAUGAAGAUUUGAAGGAUUGGCCAUGGCCUUUUCAGGUUUGAAGAAGUGGUGAUAAGAGUAUAAAGAAACAACACUGCUGUGUGAUGUUGUUCUAAUAUGAUAUGAUAUGAGUCUUUUUGUGUGUUACAGAAUUUCUCUGUUUAGAUCUAUAUUUUUUAAUUCAUUUGGGGAAUUACCUGUUUUUUCUCCUAAUAGAUGUUUCAUGUCAAAAGGGUAUUCCUUUUGUAUUGUAACUACUAUGUCUCCUAUAUUGUAAUUGGUUUGUUGCUAAUGAGAAUCAGAAUGAGAAUUUCAGUACUAAA